UAAACUAAAAUGCACAACUCUCCGUAGACUCCGUAGAAGAAAACUACGUCACACCAAGAUGGCGGCAUUCAUAGCUCGACAGUCGUAUUUAUUUUGUCGAUAUGCAAAAAUUAAAGACAUUAAGUCCCCUUUAAAACACAAAACAUUACUGAAAUUGGACAUAAAACAUAUAUCACAGCCCAGUGUUUGGUACGCAGCCCAAGUGACGUCCAACGAAAAGGAGGCCCAGGUGCGUGUUCCAGUAGAACGUCUGACAGUGUCCUACAGCAGAAGCGGAGGCCCAGGUGGUCAACAUGUCAAUAAAGUCAACACAAAAGCGGAAGUCAGAUUUCAUUUACAUACAGCUGACUGGAUCCCAGAAGAUGUACGACAGAAAAUCUUUGAACAGAACAAAAACCGCAUCAACAAGGCUGGAGAACUCUUUGUGACAUCAGAACAGAGCAGGAGUCAGCACAGAAACCUGGUAGACUGUAUAGAGAAGAUCUCUGCCAUCAUCACUGAAGCCAGCAAGAAGCCACAAGAACCAACAGCUGAAGAUAUAGCCCUUAAAAAAGACAGGUUAGAGAAGAAGAACAAGGAGAGACUUAAGCAGAAGAAGAUGCACGCCGUGAUCAAGCAGAGCAGACAAGUUAAUUUUGACUGACUGUUUUUGUGCUACUUGUGAAUAUUGUAUAAGCUAUUUAUAUUGAUCAUGUCUGUGUUAAGUUAUACUUAAAACAGAGUGUUAAGAUGGAGCAAGAGGGUUCCCAGGAAAUUAUGCUUUUUUUUAAAAUAAAUUUUGAAUAAAAACAAAAA